CUCUCAAUCUUCUGACCUGAUCUACCUUUCUAUUACGGUUUAUAUUUGGGUUUCCACAUUUUAGCUUUCUCUUCAUUUCUUGAUAAUGCAGGGAUAUGGGUCUGUGGACAUUGCUUGAGGGGCUACUGCUUCUUGCAAAUGCGCUAGCAAUCCUAAAUGAGGAUCGCUUCCUUGCUCCCAGAGGAUGGAGCUUCUCAGAUUUUUCAGGCGGCAAGACAAAGUCAUUUAAAGGCCAGCUUAUAGGUCUCAUUUAUGCAACACAGUACUUGAGGGUUCCUCUAAUACUUCUCAACUCAAUCUUCAUAAUUGUAAAGUUGGUUUCUGGAUGAUACCUAGGAUGGUCGGUGGAUGAAGAUAGUAUCCAACAGAUAGAACAGUCGGCAAAGCCUGGCAUCCAUCUAAAGCCCCUCUGCUUCCUUCCUGCCCUUUUCUUGCGCAGUACAAAGAAAAAGAAGCUACGAGGGAAAUGAGAGUGCAUUACAUUUUACACUAUUUCGUUUUCUGGAUGAAUGAUUGCAGGUCAAUGAUUCUUAUACGGAUUAUUUUAGCAACUAUUU